AUGGUUUCCGAUCGAUAUUAUGACAAACAAGUGAUAGACAUUUGUGCCGUGCAUGUAUCUAACAUGGUCAAUAUUUGUAUUGGUGCAACUGGUCAUAGUCACUCCACCAUUUAUCAUACUGUUAUCCAGGGAAGACAAAUCAUCAAGUGCGUUACUUUAUAUAAAGCCUGUGAGUUACGCCGCAACGUAUCUAAACGGGAUGAUAUUAUAUUAGGGUCGGCACUGUUGGGUGAGCUCCCGGUGUUCAGCGCUUGGGAGAGGUGUUCAACCGAUUUGUACACUUCGUUGGUCUCAUGUUAUGCCGUAAUCUAUGGUCACGAAAGUCGGGGCCGUUUGACGCGAUUCCUGUCCUCCAGAUAUUGGCGUCCAUUCCGUGCUUCACAACAGACUUCAUACCUCUUUCAUGUGUUGUCUUUUAUGCCCAAAGAGUACACAAUAAACUCAGUGGUUAUAUAUGGGAUCGUAUUAUUUGGUGCCAAUUAUAUUGUGACGAUUCCGUUGGCGCUGGUGUUUGAAUUACCGGCAAUUAAAUUGCAACAAAUCACUUUUGACAACAGCCUUAUGGGGCACUCCCUGUGGGACUACAUUUCUGGCCCGCAGUGUUUCAGCGAUGAAAGCCAUUAUAUAAUGGCAUCGAUUCCUGUCCUCAUGUGUUGGCAUUCGGUCUCCGAUUUGGGACUCAAUCUCUUGUCUCAACUUCUGCUGUAUUUCCGGAUAAAUCCAUUGGAAUGUCAGUUGAGAGGUAUCGGUUCCGGCGAAGAACAUAUCUAA